AUGACUUUCACUGAUACACUCAGCGAGCAAACUGGCAUACCGGAGUCAUCUCUCCGCCUCUUGUUCACUAUAAUUUUCGCAUACCCGAUUGCAGUUAUCUACCGCAUUUUCUUGCUACGGCCUAUCGCAUCCAAGUAUGCAGCAUCAAUACGCCAAUGGUACAUUCUAAUAACUGGCCUAUCUCUAUCUUACUUCUACAAUCGCCAUGAUAUUAUUCAUUCUCUAAUUACAACGACGGUCACUUGGAUAUUCUGUUACAUUGGAGAUAAAAUAGGAAGCAGAAGUUUGGGUACAGCGGCAGUGUUUAUAUUUAACAUGGUAUAUUUGCUGUUAGGAUACAUAUACAUGAGUACAGACGAAUAUGAUGUCAACUGGACUAUGACACAAUGCGUGUUAUGUCUGAGGAUGAUCGGGUUCGCUAUGGAUUACAUGGAUGGAGCGAAAUUGAUCAACAAGAAAGCGUCAACUGAGACUGCACAACGGGAAAAGACAACGCCUAAUGACCAACCCGUAUCAACAACUCGACUCGCGAAACAACCUAAACUUCCAAUAUCUUUCCAAAAGAACAUCGCCCUUCCCACUCUGCCCUCUUACAUUUCCACCAUCGCCUACGCACACUUCUUCACUGCCUUUCUCACGGGACCUCAGUUUUCAUACCAUCUUUAUCAGACCUUUAUCAAUAUGCGCUCAUACCCCGAUCCGUCACGUAUCCCCAGGGGAUCAUAUAAGCACGCUUUUCAAUGCAUAGCUGGGGGUGCUAUUUAUCUAUUGGUCAGUCAAAUUGGGCAGAUGUUUUUCCCUCAGUACGUGCUUGUAAGCGAGGAGUUUGCAAAAUGGGACACUCUGCACAGAUUUGUUUACUUUUGGAUGGUUGGCAAGUUCGCCUUUAGCAAGUACCUUGGCGUGUGGAAAUUAGUUGAAGGUUCGUGCGCGUUGUUGGGUAUAUCAUUCAAUGGUUUUGAUGACAAUGGACAACCAGAAUGGAACGGAUUGGCCAACGUCGAAUCACUGCGCUUUGAGUUUGCGACUUCCCUGAAUGACAUCAUUUCGUCGUUCAACAUAAACACUAACCUAUGGGCAAAGAUAUACGUCUUCAAACGUUUGAUCUUUCUCAAUUCCAAGACCAUCUCUUCCCUUGGCGUUCUCUUCUUCUUGGCUCUCUGGCAUGGUUUGCAUACCGGGUACUUUAUGUGCUUUUUCUUAGAGUUUGUGGACAUGGAGGCUGAGAAGCGUUGGUCGAAGAGGGUCGAGUUUAUUAAGAAAAGUUUGUACGAAAAGAAAAUGAAGAAUGGUAUUUCGGGAAAGCUUGCAUGGGGAGCAUACAGAGUAGUGUGCUGGUUUCUUCAGACAUGCGCGUUACAUUAUGCAAUGGUGGCUUUCGAUUUGUUGAGAUAUGAAUGGUGUAUAACGGCGUGGAGAAAUGUGUAUUUUGCUGGCCAUUUCGUGGUAUUCGGUCUUAUAUUCUUGGACUUGGUUUUACCAAAGGGACGAAGUGCGGGCCCCCGGAAGGUCGAAGGAAAGCAGCAAGAAGAGACUGCAUUACUGAAAGAUACGAUGGAAAAGGCGAAGACAAAUGGUAUCAGUAACGGAGUGAAUGCUGAAUAUUCCGUUCAUCAUAAAAAAGAAUAG